CCGGGAUCUCCUUUCCUGGAGGAGGCGGAAGCGCCAAGUGAAUACCGACAGAGGACACUUACCUGUUGAACCUGUGGACAGGUAGAGGCGGCGGCUCCGGGUCCAGCAGGUCUAGUGAGCAGCUUCCCAGAUGUGGAGCUCGGCAGUUGAGAAAGGAGCCAGCUGUCCAGGGAUCCCGCAGCAGGUUGCUAGACGCGCCAAGGAGCGUCUCCCAUCGCCCACUGUCGCGUCUGUGCAGAGGUGUGCCGGCUCAGAGGCAUCUGGGCGGUCAGCUGCAGGAGCUUCCCCACCGAGGGGCCCUUUGUCCACAGCACUGCCUCUCUGCCAGCACCAGCCAUGAACUACGUGGGGCAGGUGGCCGGGACAGUGUUCGGGACGAUGAGGGAGCUCUAUCGCGGCCUGAACCCCGCCACGCUGAGCGGCAGCAUCGACGUGCUGGUGGUGAAGCAGGCGGACGGCUCCUUGCGGUGCUCGCCCUUCCACGUGCGGUUUGGCAAGCUGGGCGUCCUGCGGUCCCGGGAGAAGGUGGUGGACAUCGAGAUCAACGGGGAGCCAGUGGACUUGCACAUGAAGCUGGGGGACAGCGGGGAGGCCUUCUUUGUCCAGGAGCUGGACAGCGAUGAGGAAGACGUGCCUCCCCGCCUGUGUACCUCACCCAUCCCUUGGGGGGGCCUGUCGGGUUUACCCUCCAACUCCCUGCAUGGCACAGCGAAUGAGCCUGAGGACCUUGUCAUCGUGAGCACAGCCUCUGCUGGGCGGAAGAAGAGGCGUCGCAGGAGGAAACCCAGGCGGAAGGAGGAUGCAGUGGCAGCAGAUUCUAGUUCUGAGGAACUAGAGGCAGGCACUGAGAGUGAGCUGUCCCUGCUGGAAAAGCCAAGGCCAGAGCCCCCAGGCGUUCAGUUGGAAGGGGAAUCCUCACCACAACCCAAAGACUUCUACCCCUACUCUGAUGGCGAGUGCUCCCCACAGGCUAACCUCUUACCAGAGGGGUUAGCGUCCCCCAAGAGUGACUCUGAGCUGGAGCUGCGGGCCCCAGAGCCUAGUCCCCUGAGGGCUGAGUCCCACAUGCAGUGGGCCUGGGGGCGGUUGCCUAAGGUAAGUUCCUCCAUGUCGCCCCACUCCCUGCCUUUCAGGGGCUCCUUGGCCCUGUGGAGUGGGAUUGGGAUGACAGAUUCGGGCCACUUCCCCCAGGCUUUCUGGGGCAUGAAAGGCAGGCCCUGCACCAGCCCAUAUCUUCCCAUGUUUGUUUGCCUGAAGGUGGCCAAAGCUGGGUGGCCCGAGUCCUCGGUGGUCCCUCCAGGUGGUGCCGCGGCAACCCCUCCUCUUCAGGAAGUUCCCAGCACCUCCUGCCCUUCCGUGGCUGCCGUGGACCCUUCUGGAUCCCCAAUCCUGCAAACAGGGGCUGGGGCUGGCCUGCUUCAGCCUGAUGUGGAGUCCCCAUGGACAGGGGCUCUGGUGGCUCCGUCUCUCCCCACCCCAGAGAGUGAGGAUCCCAAGACCCAGCGCUCCAGGGAAGCAGGCCUCCCUCCUGCCUCCAGAUCCUGGAGCUGGGCCACGCUGGAGGGUCCCGUUCCCGCCGGGCAGCCAGAGGCCUCCGGAGGGAAAGGCUCCCUGAAGAGAAGCCAGCAUCUGGGCCCCAGUGACAUCUACCUGGAAGACUUGCCCUCCCUGAACUCUGAGAAUGCAGCCCUUUACUUCCCCCAUAGUGACUGUGGGCUGGGAGCCAGGAGGUGGAGUGAACCCAGCAGCCAGAAGCUCCUGGGGAACUCUAACCCCAAACAUGUGCCAGAAUCCACUCUGGACUCCGUGGACGCAGUGACGCUGUCCCUCUGCGGUGGACUCGCUGAUAGCCGGGAUAUCCCCCUGGAGAAGUUCAACCAGCAUGUGGUCUCCUACCAGGACCUCACUAAAAAUCCCGGACUCCUGGAUGACCCGAACCUAGUGGUGAAAAUCAAUGGGAAGCACUAUAAUUGGGCCGUGGCUGCCCCCAUGAUCCUUUCCCUGCAAGCCUUUCAGAAGAACUUGCCUGAGAGUACGGUGGACAAGCUGGAGAAGGAGAAGAUGCCCCGGAAGGGUGGGCGGUGGUGGUUUUCCUGGCGCCGCAGGGACUUCCCAGCGGAGGAGCGCAGUGCCCAGAGGGAGAAAACCACAGCCAGGAAGCAGCAGGGGGAGAAGACUGGAGUCCUGAGCAGUGAGGACGAUGCCCCAGACAGCCCUGUGAUCCUCGAGGUGCCCGCUCCACCACCCUCCACUCCAGCCUGCAUGCUCACCUACAAGAAAUCCCUCCGCCUCUCUUCUGAUCAGCUGUGGCGCCUGAACCUUCACGAAGGUGCCAAUGAUGUGGUCUUCAGCGUGACCACCCAGUACCAGGGCACUUGCCGCUGCAAGGCCACCAUCUACCUGUGGAAAUGGGACGACAAGGUGGUCAUCUCUGACAUUGAUGGCACCAUCACCAAGUCAGAUGCUCUGGGCCACAUUCUGCCCCAGCUGGGGAAAGACUGGACACAUCAGGGCAUCACCAGUCUCUACCACAAAAUCCACCUAAAUGGGUACAAAUUCCUGUAUUGCUCAGCACGGGCCAUCGGCAUGGCUGACCUUACCAAGGGCUACCUGAAGUGGGUGAGCGAGGGUGGCCGUGGCCUCCCUCCGGGCCCCAUCCUGCUAUCUCCCAGCAGCCUCUUCUCGGCCCUCCACAGACCCCACAUCACCUGCCCCUGCCCCUCUGGUUUCUGCCCCUCCUGGGCCUCCUUCCCUGCCCGUGGACAUGGCUGUCCCAGGGAGGUAAUCGAGAAGAAGCCAGAGGUGUUCAAGGUCGCCUGCCUGAGUGACGUCCAGCAGCUGUUUCUGCCCCACGGACAACCCUUCUAUGCUGCCUUUGGGAACAGGCCCAAUGAUGUUUUUGCCUACCGGCAGGUGGGCCUACCUGAUUCCCGCAUCUUCACAGUCAACCCGCGGGGAGAGCUCAUCCAGGAGCUCAUGAAGAACCACAAGUCCACGUACGAGCGGCUCGGUGAGGUGGUGGAGCUCCUCUUCCCGCCUGUGGCUCGUGGUGCCCGCACAGACCUGGCCAACCCUGAGUACAGCAGCUUCUGCUACUGGCGGGAGCCUCUGCCUGCUGUGGACCUUGACACCCUUGCCUGAACCUGCUCUGGAGGCCCCACCUCCCUGGCCCGGCCCAGGACCGACAGGGUAUCUGGGGGUGUGGGGGUUGGAAGCUCCGUGCUGUGGGGGAGAAGAGGGCUGCAGGUGGACUGGCAACCAGAGGCCCCGCCUCCUCUCUGAGCUGCAGGGGGUGGGGCAGCUCCUCAGCCUUCAGCAUGGCCCUGACCUGGGGCAGUCAGAUGUUUCUCACCUAAGCCUUUCCUGUCUUCUCUGUGCCCUUGAUAUGCCUCUUCCUGCUACCCUUAGCCCUUGCCUCAACUCCUGAUAGGACAGAGAGAAGAGGGAGGCCCCAAUGAGACUUGAGGCCUGCAUGCACAGGGAAGGUUGGGGGGGUCAGCAACAGCGGGGGGUGGUUGAGUGGCAUCUGGAAAGAGCACAGGGCUCCUCCAGCCCCUUCCAGGGGCCUAGACUGGACCCUCCAAACCCAGACUUUUACACGACCCUGCUCCUGCCCACAGCUCUUGAGCCAGGUAUCAGUGCUUCCCCUCACUGGUACCCAGUAUCUCAGUCCCAGGCCCGGAUGCUCCCCGGUGCCUCUGAAGUCAGGGAAAGGGGAUUCAGGGGCUACGGAAGGGCCGAGGGAGCGUGGCUCCUGCUUGCCCCAAGCCCACCUCCUGCAUGGCCCUGGUCCUCUUAGCCCUUUUCCUGAGGCCAUGGGAGAUGGAGUUUGCUGACCACCCUGCCCUGGCCUCCCUCGGUCAGUUCAGUGCACAGCUGCUGAGUGAGCGCUUGCCUGAUGCACUGUGGGAUGCGAGGCUCACAGUCUUUGAAGAAAGCACCUUACACUGGCUAAAAGCUUUAAUUCAGAAUCUGCCCUCCUCCAGCCGUGCCAGAGAGGAGGGCAUAGCACUGAAUGUCCAGAAACCAGAAGGCAGGGCUAUGGGGACCUGCAAACAGCACAGGCCCAUGCUACUGUGGGGGAAACUGAGUCCAGGCACCUCAACAGACAGGCACCAGAGUCUCUGGGAAGUGUACAGGCCCGAGGGCCACUUGCUUUUUCCAAUUGUCCUUGGAAUUUCUCACCACUUCAGAACAUUUGGCAGGAUGGGGGGCUGGUCUGGACCCCUUGUCCUCCAGCUAUGGCCUGCCUCUCAGGGUCUGGCUUCCUUCAGGCCCUGACAUACAUGAAGGCCACUCUAGGCUGAGAGGUACUGACCUGGGGGAAAAAUUUUCCACCAGCUGGAAGGAAGAGGACCCUAUGGGCACCAUAGUGCUCUAGAAGCUUCUUUGGGGGAAGAAGGGAUAAAUUGGGAUAUGGUCUCCAAAGAGAUUUCCUGGAUCCAAUUCUUCCCUCUGGGAGUCUACAGCUGCCUGUGCCUCACCUUAAGGGAGAAGCAAAAGCAAUAAAGAAAACGCUAG